GAUUCUUAAUAAUUACUGUACUGUUGGAAAAACACAGAAGUCCAGGAAGCAUUUCCAAAUAAUGUCCGCAAUAUUCAAUGGACUAAAAGCCGCACAGAGGCUUCAAGCUGCAAACCCCAUGCUAUUUCAGCAUGUGGCGAGAGGCAUGGCUGGUUGGAAUAAGGAUUACAAACCUGCUCAGAUUCCAAAAACCGAAAAGGAUUGUACUGCGGCUGCAAAAAAAUACUAUCUACUGCCAGAGGAAUAUCGUCCAUAUGCCGACAACGGUCUAGGCUAUGGUGAUUACCCUGAUUUGGGUAAAGGUUUAGGUAUUGAAUCGAAAGACCCCUACUAUCCAUAUGAUUUUCCGGAGCAUAAGCGCAAUCUACAUGAGACGUUGCAUGCUGACAUUGAUUUAUACGGAGAAGAUCGCUUCUCGCAGGCGGAGAAACCAAGAUUUACAAAUUCUCAAUAUUGGCUGAGUUUUGUAGGUGUAAUGUCUGGUUGCCUUGCUCUUUAUUAUUGGUUGGAAAACUACCGUAUGUAUCGCCCAGUGGCUGUAAAGCAAUAUCCAGGAGAUGGCAGAAAACACUACACAUUCGAAAGUGAAUAAAAGUAGUAAAAUUCAAUAUAAAAAGAAGAAAAUAUAUGUUCUUGCUAUUUAUAAAAUAUUUUAUUUUGGUGUUUUGUUACUAGCGAUUCAGCUGGCUAAUGCAAAUAAAGUACGAAUACUGUUACUUAUAGUAAAUAAA